AAGGUGCUCAGGUUUCAUGACUCUGCCCUUACUUCUGUCCCGCCUACAAACAGUCCUACAUUUAAAGUCUUUCUCAUUCUAGCUGCAGGAAAAUUAACUGCAGGAAGACGGAUGCUGUUUCAAGAAUCCGACUGGUUUCCAUGGAUCUCUCUGCCAGGACCACUCUUCCCUUUACCAUCUUGUGCUGCCUAUGGAAUAUCGAAGCCCGAGAAUAUACAAUGGCUCUCAGUGUGCCAAAUGGGGGUAACCGGGGUGACUGGGGCCCAAAUGCAUUUUGUGAGAGAGGCUAUGCUCAUGGCUUCUCCCUGAAGGUAGAAGAAAAGCAAGGGGCAGGCGACGAUACAGCUCUGAAUGGAAUCCGCUUGAACUGUACCGAUGGCACAGUAAUUGAGUCUAAAGUUGGACCAUGGGGAACCUGGACAAAAAGCCAGGUGUGUCCCAGAGGCAACCUGAUUUCUUUUUCUCUGAGAGUGCAACCACCACAAGGAGAGGGUGAUGAUACAGCAGCUAACAAUGUCCAGUUCGCCUGCAGUGAUGGUACUGCCCUGAUGGGACUUGGUACAACAUGGGGUGAAUUUGGCCCAUUCAGCCAUCGCUGCACCACAUAUGGCAUAUGUGGGAUGAAAACAAAGGUAGAGGAUGCACAGGGCAUUGGUGAUGACACAGCACUCAAUGAUGUGAAUUUUUACUGCUGUUAAUGGUCGAUACAUGUUUUCUCAUCUAUAAAUAUACUUUUGCUAUGCAUUUUCAAGGACUGUUAAUUAUAGUUAAAUAUUAACUUGAGAAUAAAGGGUGUGCUUGGGCAUAAUGUGGUAGUACAAGGAAACCACCCUCAGGUGUUACGUCUUCAAACAGUCCCGACAGGGGAGACCUAAGGGAGGUAGCAGAAACCUCAAGCAUUGCAAGUGAUUGACUGUCUUCCCUCUCAUCAUUUUGAUCCAAGUCACAGUACCAAACUGUAAUAUCAUGUUACUGAUUGCUUGCAUGGAAAUAAAAUUAUGUUGCAUCUUCAAA